CAUGACAUGUCUAUAGAGAACUUUUCAUUGGCUGGAUCAUAAGCACUCUCUGUUUUUAUUUUUGUAUUUUAUGGCAUAACCACUUCAAGAAAUUAGAAAGGAAAAAAAUGAAUUUUCAAACAGAAACUGGUUACAAUUACAGCAACAAGUACAGCUCAUCAUCCGAUUGGAGGAGUCCCGCAUGGAGGAUACUUAGUCACCUCCUCUGCUGCAGCUACUUUGGGCGUCACAAGAACGCCAACAGAGUUUACGACACUGAUCUGAUCUUCUUUUGGAGCCUGGAGAGCCACACACCUGUGGACCUUUCCUCUUUUGUUGGGCGUUUCCUGUUUGAUCAGUCGACAGGAAACCGCCAUCACAUCCAGGCUGGACCCAUUAUCACUCUGUUGGCGCGCGCCCUCGUGCCUACCAUCGUCAUCCCAGACCUUCUCCCAGAGGAGUCUAGUGUACGGCCUAUCACUUCUGAGUCUCUCAUCCACAUGGGAUUCAGAAAGAGGCCACGCGACACUAGAUACGAGCCAGAUCAGGGCACGGGCACGGGCAGUCCUUCAUACAUGCCGGCGAGCAUGCCCGCCGAUGGAGCCUCUUCCUCUGCUGUUCCACGUCCAUUGCCUACCACAUUUGAGGAGCUGACCACUGCUUUUGGUGAUCUCCGGACAUCGAUCGAUUCACGCUUCCAGCUUUAUGAGCAACGGUGGAACGCCUUUGAGCAACGUCAGGAGGCUUGGUGGAAGGAAAGCCAGGAUCAUCAGCAUCGCAUUGAGACUAGCCUUGCAGAGCAGGGUACGCAAAUUGCUCAUAUCUUGGACUACGUGGAGGCACAGCAAGGAGUCCCUAGCACCACUCGCCAGAGAGGGCGCGGUCGCGGGCAAGGAGGAGGACGUGGGCAAUGAGCUAUUCCCCUGCACUAAUAUGUUUCUUGUGUUUUGUUUGUUUGAUUCAAGAAUGGUUGAAACUUCAGUUUGUUUUGAACACACCUUUGGUAAACUAUUUUUAUUACUUUUAUUUACAUCAUCAUAUUGUUUAUCUUUAAGUGUGAGGACAACUUAGUAUUUGCAUGCAAGUUCUUCCACCAUAACUCUAAUUUCUGAUCACUUUAAAACCCGCGAGGGCGCGGUUACGUUUAAGUGUGAGGAGGGGAGAGUUAUGGUUGAAUCACUUUUUAGAAAUAUAAUUUAUCUUUAUAUUUGUAGGAAAAUUAUAUAGACAGUCAUCAAUUUUAGUUUUCUAAGAAAAAUUCUUUUACCCU